CCUCCCUCUUUCCACAUUUUCUGUUGCUUUUCUCGCUCUCUUUUUCUGUAUAGUUCAUUAAUUCGUUUUAUAUCACUUUUUGUUUGAAUGAUCGACCGAUUUGGAUCUUGUUUUUUGAUCAAUUUCUGGUUGUAUAUACUCCUUAAAGUUUAAUCCCCCUGUUUUUUUAUCACUCUCAAUUUUUCCAUGAUUAAACUACAAUUCCAUUAUUUUUGUUAAGUGACAGUUCUUCUAAAAUCUCAAGACGUACCCUCGCUUGAAAGCCCGUUAACCUGAAGGUUUUAUGAGGAAGACUUACGAGGAUCAUAUUAUAUUCUUACAGUUUUGAGUAUUGUAGUCUUUUCUGAUCUUAUUCCUUACAUGAUACACUUGCAUUCACCGGUUUUGAAGUUCAUCUCUAACCUUUUAUGAAUGUGUUUCAAUCCAAACUAAGUCGGCUUACAGAGUACAAACAAGUGAAUUUAUCUGUCUUGUUACAUAUAGAUUCUGUUAAAUCUUUAGUGAUUCAUGUAUAUUUAUGUACUGAAUCUUAGAUGUUUAUAUAUUAACUUUUAUGUUGGGUUGCAGUAGAAUUUGAAAUUAUGUCUGUACAUGCAUUUUUUUCUUCAUAAUCUGGCUACUAAGAAUUGCAGUUCCUAACUUCCUAAGUAUCCAGUUCAGUUUUACUCUCAAUAUUUACAUGUUAGAUAAGCCUAUAUAUCCACUGGGCGUAACUUGAGAGCUACUCUUGUCAUCUUCAAAAUCUGAAACUAUCUAAUAUGUCAUUUUAUUAAGCCCACCAACUUUGCUGAUGGAAUAACAGAUUAUGCCGAGAUGGAUGUCAAGCUAGCAACAAGUUGUGUCAAUAGCUCUUUUAAAACGGAUGCUCAAUCCCUCCUCCCUGAUCUAUCUUACAAACACUAAGUCCAACCUUAAAUGUCCAUUAUAUGUGGCCUCCCGCUCCUUGAAUGUGUUUAUUGUCUGGCAUGUGCCAGUUGGGCAUGGAAACGUUGUCUUCACACUGCAGGCCAUGACAGUGAGACUUGGGGCCUAGCCAGUGCUCAAGAAUUUGAGCCGGUGCCUCGGCUAUGUCGGUAUAUACUAGGCAUUUAUGAAGAUGAUAUUAGGAAUCCAAUUAGGGAACCUCCAGGAGGUUAUGGGAUUGAACCAGAUUGGUUGCUUCUUAAGAGAACUUAUGAAGAUACCAAUGGGCAUUGCCCGCCAUAUAUUUUGUAUGUUGAUCAUGCCCAUGUUGAUAUCGUUAUUGCCAUCAGGGGACUUAAUUUGGCAAAGGAGGGGGAUUAUGCAGUACUAUUGGAUAAUAAGUUAGGUAAAAGGCAAUUUGAUGGUGGUUAUGUGCAUAAUGGACUACUUAAAGCAGCUGGUUUAGUUUUGGAUGCGGAGUGUGACACUUUAAAGGUAUUGAUGGAGAAAUACUCAAAUUAUACUUUAACUUUCACGGGGCAUUCACUUGGCUCUGGUGUUGCAGCACUAUUGGCCAUGGUGGUGGUACAAGAUCUCGAAAGAUUGGGUAAUAUAUCUAGGAAGAGGGUCAGAAGCUAUGCUAUUGCUCCUGCCCGAUGUAUGUCUCUGAAUUUGGCAGUGAGAUAUGCAGAUGUUAUCAAUUCAGUUGUGCUACAGGAUGACUUUCUGCCACGAACAGCCACCCCCUUGGAAGACAUAUUCACGUCUAUUUUCUGUUUGCCAUGCAUACUAUGCCUAAGGUGCAUGAAAGAUACAUGCAUAUCAGAGGAAAGGAUGAUCAGAGAUCCUAGGAGGUUGUAUGCACCUGGUCGCCUCUAUCACAUCGUUGAGCGAAAGCCCUUUAGAUGUGGAAGGUUCCUCCCAGUAGUGAGGACAGCAGUACCUGUAGAUGGAAGAUUUGAACACAUAGUCCUUUCCUGUAAUGCGACUUCUGACCACGCCCUUAUUUGGAUAGAGCGGGAAGCUAAAAGAGCUCUGGAAAUAUUGCUAGAGCAAGAUCCUAUUACAGAGAUUCCAGCAAAACAAAAAAUGGAGCGACAGAAAACUUUGGAUAAAGAACAUAGCAAGGAGCACAAGGCUGCACUGCGCAGAGCUGUUACAUUGGCUGUUCCCCACGCUUUUUCACCUUCCAGAUACGGAACCUUUGAAGACCAAGAAAUUGGGGAGAACUCAAACAUGUCGAGUGGAGAUUCAUCGAGUGAGAUGAGUUGAUCACCUGUUUGAAACGAUCGAGUCUGGUAACAUACUACUGCAAAAAUCAUACCCUGAAGAUUAAUAUGUAAAUGCAGCACAAGUCCUAAAUGUACAGUACACAUCAUGCAUUGUUGUUAAUAAUUCAUCAUUCAUUUGUAAGUAGUAGCUUACAAGCUAAACUUCAUUAUUCGUUAUUUUCAUGGUGCAGUGUCUUUCAAAGGUGUUGUUUGA